UUGUCGCGAGAGAUCGGCUACGUGGAGGGGAGGCUGACACGUCUGAUGAGCAGCAAGCACGUGAUGCACCUCAUGGCGGUCAUCGUCCUGGUUGACGCAUACUGCAACUGCGCGGACAUCGAUGCCCGGGCUGAGGGGAGCACGGCGGACACAGCCAUCGUCGUCAUCUCGAACACCUGCCUGGUGCUCUACACCAUCGAGCUGGUUGUCAUGGGCGUCCUCAAG